AUGGAAGCAAAGAAGUGGGCUUUUGCAGUCAGCAGUAUCGUCAUUACAGCAGUUUUAUCUCUGUUGCUGCUUCGCAUCCUGGAAGCCCCUGGAGGCCAACAUGCAGUUUUCGGGGAUUUGAACAUAAUCCCAGCAAUUUUACAAGGCAGCUGGUCUCCUGGUAAAACAAUAGGAAAAGAUUCUGUUAUUGCUCCAAACUUAACAACAUGCCAUGAAUCUUCUGAGUUGGAUAUUCAUGUUUACUGCUGCCCGCCGAAGAAUGGAUCAGAUUUGACCGUUUUUGAUUUCCGAUUUCCUGAUCCUUCCAAUCCUCUGCGAGUACGCAGACCAACUCAUCUUCUUGAUGACAACUAUAUUGCCAAGUACAAUGAGGCCUUAACCAUCAUGAAAUCUUUGCCAUACAGUGAUCCAAGGAGUUUUUCUCGCCAAGCCGAUUUGCAUUGUUUGUACUGUACUGGGGCAUAUUACCAGCAAAAUUCAAGAACUCCACUCAAUAUCCAUAGAUCAUGGUUGUUCUUUCCUUGGCAUCGAAUGAUGCUCCACUUUCACGAGCGUAUCCUUGGAAGUUUGAUUGGAGAUGAUACGUUUGCUCUGCCUUUCUGGCCUUGGGAUAUUCCCGAGGGAAUGCUGAUGCCUGAGAUGUAUCUGAAUUCAUCAUUUUUUGAUAAAGAACGUGACAUUUCUCACUUUCCACCAACUGUUGUUGAUUUAGAUUAUCGUUGCAGUUUUUCGGAGUCCACUUGUCCGGAAAGGGGAUUAACACCAGAUGAACAAGUUAAUGCCAACCUAGCAUUUAUGUACAACCAAAUGGUAUCGGGAGCAAAGAAGACAGAACUCUUCAUGGGCUGCCACUAUAAGGCAGGUGAAGAAGGGUUAUGCGAUGGUCCUGGCACCAUUGAAACUGCCCCCCACAACACUUUGCACCGGUGGGUAGGGAGCAGUUUAAAUUCUCCGGCCAGGGAAGAUAUGGGUGUAUUCUAUUCAGCUGCACGAGACCCUAUUUUCUAUCCACACCAUGCCAAUAUCGAUCGUCUUUGGGAGGUUUGGAGGGGAUUCCACAUGGACAACGACAUUACUGAUCCUGACUGGCUGGACUCUUUCUUUUACUUUUAUGACGAGAAAUCGCAGUUCACUAGAGUGAAAAUUAGGGAUGUUCUCGACAUCACAAAGCUUCGGUAUUCUUUUGAGAAAGUUGAUGUUCCAUGGCUUAAUGCCCGUCCCAAGCCUUCAGUCCAACCGGAAGCUGCUCGUCAAAUAUUGAAGACCAGGGAGAUUGAGAGAACAUCGCAGUUUCCCAGCCACAGCAUUAUAUCCUCGGACUUUAGAUCAAAUCGCCAAACUCUCGAUGCUAGCGUAACGGUUAAAGUAAUCAGGCCAAAAGUUCGUAAAACCAAGGGAGACAGGGAGGAAGAAGAAGAGGUCCUCGUUGUGCAUGGAAUUGAUGUAAAAGAGGAAGCAUAUGUCAAGUUUGAUGUUUACGUUAAUGUAGUUAACGAGACAAUUAUUAAUCCAGGGUUCAGGGAAUUUGCAGGAACCUUUGUUCACAUUCCUUCAGGCGUAAAGUUGGCGAGAAGGAAGACUAGUCUUAAGUUGGGGAUCUCGGAAUUAUUACAAGAUUUGGAGGCAGAGGAAGAUGAAAGCAUAUGGGUAACAUUGUUACCUAGGAAUGAAGGGUGCAUCAACACAUCAGUUGAUGGAAUAAGGAUUGAGUACUUAAGAUGA